ACACACACACACACACACACACGAACCUCUUGGAGGAAGAAAAUCAAUGGGCAAAUGAACACAUACAGGGAAAGAGCGAACUUUCACUGAAUACUUCUGGGUGCUGGGUAGUCAGUCAUCUUACCAUCAUCCUGCGAGGAAGGCAUUACAAGUGUCUCCACUACACAGAUGAGGAGGUUGAAUCUCAGAGAGGCUAAGUGACAGGCCUCUGUUAACGGAAAGCCACAGAGCUAGCAUUUGAACCCAGGCCCAGCUGCCCCAAAGUCAAAGCGCCUUCUGUGGGCUGUGUGCGUGUGUAUGUGUGUUCGUAUCUGGAACCGUGGGGAGAAUAUGCAUCAAAAGAGGUGGGGCUUUCUGGAGAGGUAGGUUUUACAGGAAAGGGUGGACAUGACUUUGUAGUAAAGAAAAUAUCAGGUGUUCUUGGAGCAAAACAUCUUAAAGACAUGGUGGCGGUGGUGUGUGUGCGUGUGUAGGUGGUAGAACUUCAGUGGUGGCUGCAAAGGCAGCAGUCCUGUUGGAGCUGGAGCUGGAGAAAGCAGCUGAGCAGCAUGAAUGUGAUCUAAUGGGAAGUGAGGGGGCACUGCUGGGAGUGAGGCGAGGACAGCAAUCACUGAGGCAGUUUCCUCUGGAGUUUAGGAUGAUCCUCACCACCCCUCACUACCUCCCAUGUUCCUCACACUUCCACAUCCUUCAAGGCAAGUGUUAACCCAGAUUUACUGACGGAGGCUCUGGGAAGGCUCUGAGAAGUUCGAUAACCUGCCCAAAGUUACACGGUUGGUAAAUGGCUGAACUGGGAUUUUAUUCCAGGUCCAUCUGAUGCCACAGACCGUUCUCUGCACUGUUCCCCUAUGCCUUCAAAGAGACAUACAGCUCACAGGCUUGCCCCGCAGGCAUGCCCACAUCGGCAGAGCAGACUGGAAAACUUGCGAGGGAGUCAGGUUCAAUGACAAGCGGUCACGUUCAGAGGCGGAAACCCUUCAAGGAGCCCCAGAGCUGGGUUCUGGCCUGGAUCUGCCUGCAGGACCACGCUAGGGUGUGGCUCAGCCCAAUUCCCACCUUCCUUCUCGCCGAGAAGUGGGAGCACACAGCCCAGGCCUCAGAGCAGCACUCCACCGAGUGGCCAUGGCUCCCCAGUGCCCAUUCCAGGGGUGUCUCUUGCUCUGCAAGAUGCCAAGGAGCCCCAGGAGUGCCCUGUGCUUCGGCCAUCCUGGGCUUGGCCUGCCCACCUGACGCCUAUACCUGAGACAGCGUUACGACUGCUCUGUCUCCUCCCUAUUUGCUGCCAGUGAUCCUCCUGAGGAGGCCUGAGGCCAGCUCCUAUCGUGGAGUUGUGACAAAGAGUCCCAGGGUAGGCACUUAGGUUUUUGUUGGGGAAGUGAACACAAAGCUUGACUCCUAGAAGUGCUGCUGACCAAGGCAGACAGAAAGGCCCAAGGAAGUUAACGUUCUCCAGGAGCUUCCCGUGUUCCAGGUUCCUUCCUAUCCUCAUCCCAUGUAGGCUCCAUAAUCACUUGGGAAGGAAGGUAUGAUGGAUCCCCGUUUUGCAGAUAAGCAAACUGAGUCUCAGAGAUGUUAAGUGCCUUACCCAAGAUCUAUGCAGCUGGUGAAGGAAGCUGGGGGUUCCCAGCAGAGCUGUCAGAAGGAGGUUGGAGGAGGCUGGGGUAUCAGUGGGCACUGGGUUUGCUCUUAGUUUCUUCCUGGCCUAGUUCUCCCUCCCUAUGUCUGUUUCGUCUUCUCUGCAGGUACUUCAGGUCAUGCCUUCUGACAGCUUCUUCUUUUCCAUUGUCCGAGACCCAGCGGCUCUGGCCCGCUCUGCCUUCUCCUACUAUAAAUCCACAUCAUCGGCUUUCCGCAAAUCACCAUCCUUGGCUGCCUUCCUGGACAAUCCCCGAGCCUUCUACCAUCCCGGGGCCCGUGGGGACCACUACGCACGCAACUUGCUGUGGUUCGACUUUGGCCUCCCCUCUCCCCCAGAGAUGAGGACCGAGAGGGGGAGUCCUCAUCCCCCCAGAGAUCCCAACCUGCCGCAGCUGCCUUCUGGUGUCGGCCCGCGAGCCCACGCCUCGGAUCCCAGUGCUCUCCUCCAUCCCGUCCCCACUGUCGCUGAUGGUCACAGCCAGACAUCCAGCUCUGCCUCUUUAGAUUGGGGGUCUUCAUCCUUCAUCCAGUGGCACCUGGCCUGGCUGGACUCUGUCUUUGACCUGGUCUUGGUGGCCGAGUACUUUGACGAGUCAUUGGUCCUGCUGGCAGAUGCCCUGUGCUGGGGUCUAGAUGACGUGGUGGGCUUCAUGCACAAUGCUCAGGCUGGAGGUGGGCAGGGCGGAAGAGCUGUCGGCGAUGGUGGACUGACUGCUGAGGACAGGCAGCUGUCUGCACGGGCCCGAGCCUGGAACAACCUGGACUGGGCUCUCUAUGUUCACUUCAACCGCAGCUUGUGGGCCCGGAUAAAGCAAUACGGCCAGAGCCGGCUGGACAGUGCUGUGGCGGAGCUCCGGGCUCGCCGAGAGGCCCUGGCUAAACACUGUCUGGUGGGCGGUGAGGCUUUAGACCCCAAGUACAUCACUGACCGGCGCUUCCGCCCUUUCCAGUUUGGGUCAGGUAAGGUUUUGGGUUACGUGCUUCGGCGUGGCCUGAGCCCCCAGGACCGGGAGGAGUGUGAGCGGCUGGCCACCCCUGAGCUACGGUACAAGGACAAGCUAGAUGCCAAGCAGUUCCCCCACACAGUCUCUGCGCCCCUCAAGACUUCAAGGCUACCCUCCCCCUAGGCAUCAGACCACUAAGUCUCAGGCUGAAAGGCAGCUCAGCCACAGGGGCACAGUGACGAGAGUGAGGCAGCCAGAUGCCCUUUCUGCUUCCCCCAGAGACCACGUCUGCUCCCCAAAGGACCGGUGGAACUUUGCACGGAUGUGGGCCCCACGUCCUCCAGCCUGUGCCAAGGAAUCCUAGUCCUAGAAGCAUCCUCCCCCCAUCUUGCCCCUUUCCCUUUCCAGCACCUCGCCGCCCCCCGCCCAGGUCCAAACAGCACUCUCAAAGCCCCCCGGAGGAGCACACCGUGGGGUACGGCAGAGAUUGUCUGGGACACAAGGGACAGGAAUAAUGCGUUCAUCUAUGAAAUAUUUGUUACUGGGCUAUACUCAUUUCACUAUGAAAUGUUUGCUGAAUGAAUAAAUAAUUUGAAACUUUGACCUGCUCUAUAUAGGGCGGAAGGGAAGGGGAUGGAGCAUCUUCCUGGGAGAAACGGGGUUGGAGGGAGUUCUCUUCAGAGCUCUUCUCUAAGAAGGGGUCUGUCUGCAGUCUCACCUAAACCCUUCGCGCAGCAGCCUAACCACAGGCACACGCCGCUCCCCUGGU